AUGGCGAGCACCGAGGACAAACCCGCCAACAAGGAGAACACGUCUAGUUGGAAGGACUCCAUCUAUAACCCCAGAACCGGAGAGCUUUUGGGUCGCACGGCCAGCAGCUGGGCCCUGAUCCUCCUCUUUUACCUGGUCUUCUACUGUUUCCUGGCCGGGAUGUUUGCCCUGACCAUGUGGGUGAUGCUGCUGACCCUGGACGACUACGUGCCCAGAUACAGGGACCGUGUGCCCUUCCCAGGCAUGGUGAUCCGCCCAAACACUAUGGAGAUCACGUUCACCAAGUCGGACGCCAGUAAAUACAACGGCUACGUCUCACAGCUGGAGUCUUUCCUGCAGCGGUACAAUGACACUCUCCAGGAGCAGAACGUGCAGGACUGUGUCACAGGUCAGUACUUCCUCCAGGACGACGUGGAGGAGAAGAAGGUCUGCAGCUUCAAGAGGGGCUCACUGAAGGCCUGCUCCGGACUCUCCGACACCAGCUUUGGAUACUCCGACGGCCAGCCCUGCGUCCUGCUCAAACUCAACAGGAUCAUUGGCCUGAUGCCUCGUGGGGAUCCCUACAUCAACUGCACAGUGAAGGUGAACCGUCCCUUGCAGAUGGCGUACUACCCCGAUGAGGGCCGCAUCGAUAAGAAGUAUUUCCCCUACUACGGCAAGAAGGCCCAUGAGAACUACGUGCAGCCCCUGGUGGCGGUCAAGCUGCUGUUGGGGAAGGAGGAUCUGAAUAAGGAGCACUCUGUGGAGUGCCGGGUAGAGGGCACUGACCUGCGCAACAACGAUGAGCGAGACAAGUGGCUGGGGCGCGUCAGCUUCAAAGUGAAGGUGAUGGAGUAAAGGCCGCUGAGCGCGGGGAUGCAAAGCAGAGGCUGCCAAUGUUGCUCUAAAGCUACGAAAUCUGAAAGGGAGAGUCACAUCACGUCAGCGAGGCAGCAUUCUGCCAAAGGAUGCGUUCAAUGGGCUUCACCGCCGUUUGGAAAGCUCUUCGAAUGUUGCUUUGAUGACUUUUAUGACCUUUCUUUCCUUCUGCUGACCUCCUUCAAGAUCCCAACGAACAAGAUACAGGCUUUGCACCUGAUCCGUCAUCUCCCCAUCCACGCUCCACCAUCCCUCAUCGCAAACCCACGUGUUGCACUGCCCAAUCUUAUCAUUUAGCCUCAUCUGAGAGCCAUUAUGAACAAGCCAUCAUACUUCUAGCUUACUUCUCAUUUGUUAUGGUUGUGUUUCCAUAAAAUACCAUUUCAAUUUUUGAAAUAUCGUAAAAAGACAAAUUUGUGACUGGUUUCUGAUUGCUGAU